GUAAACUGCAGGCUGCUACGCUGCAAGAGGAGAGCUUCAGUCAGAAGUGUGAGCAUUGGAGACAGUUUCUGGAGAGGAUGGAGGAGACACUGAUGAUUGAUGUUGCUGGCAGCUAUGAGGGCCUGAAAGAACAACAGGAAACUCAUGAGCUUUUCCAGGUGGAGAUUUCAAUCGCACAUCAGAUCCUUGAUUCGAUCGUUCAGGAGGCCCAGAAUCUGAUUCCAAGCAGUGAUGUCCAGGACAGAAGGACUUUUGUCCUGAAUCUCUCGGCGCUGAAGGAACGCUGGUGCAGAUUGGUCCAGAAAGUCUGGCAACGCCAACACAUCAUUACCACCCUCGCCAACCAAUGGUGUCACCAUGGCAACUCUGUGGCCAGACUGCGUAAGCUGCUUACUGACACGUCAAACAUACUGCAGGCCAUGGGCGAUCUGCGCAGUUACAGUCUGCAGCAGCUCUGGAUGCUGCUGGAGGAGGUGAAGCUCCAAGGGAGGAAACUCCAGCGGCUGGAGCCGUACCUGACGCGGGCCCUGGAGGUGGGCAAUGAGCUCCUGCCAGCAGCCGAUUCCUCAGCACAGGCAUCGCUCCAGGAACAACUCUGCCAGCUACAGGACGCCUGGGGUUCCAUCAACCUACAGCUCACGGACAAGAGGAACAAACUGACCGCCAUAGUGAAGAUGUGUGACAGAUGUGGGGAGGAGGUGACUGCAUUGGGUCUCAAACUCCAAGAAUUCGGAGUGGACUUGAGGCGGGAGCUGCCCUGUAUCAGCGAGGAUCUACAAAAAGAGCAAAGUAAACUCCAGGAGCUGGGAGAGCUGAUGCGAAGCUGGUGGAACAGGCUUGUUGAGUUGAGCACAGUGAAGGUGGAUCUUGGCAAGCACCUUAUUCCCGAUGUGGCGAUUGGAUUCCAGGAGCAAGUCGCAAUCCUGGAGAGCCAUUGGGAGCAGCUGAAGCUGUCUGCGUCCUUGCGGACACUGAAGAUAAGUGACCGGCUCGAGCAGUGGGUCGUGUUUAAUACCAAGAGCAAGCAUCUGGAAGACUGGCUAAAACAGAUGGAAGAUCGAGUCUCACAGAGCACAGACAGUGGCGUUCAGGAGAUGAUUGAGAGACUCCAGGAGGAUUGCAUGGGGGAAAUUAACCUCUACAACAGGAAUAAGGUGCAGCUGAAACAACUUGGGGAUGAACUGAUCAAAGCCAGCAGCCCAUCGAAAGCACCGGAGAUCGACAACAAACUUAAUCUCAUCAACAGGAACUGGCAACACCUCCGUGAAGUCAUUGAGGCCAGGGUGAAGAAGUUGAAGGACACUCUGUGCUCUGAGCAGCUCCUGGACAGGGAGAUGAGUAACCUGAGGACCUGGCUCUCUCGCAUCGAGUCGGAGCUCUCCAAACCCGUCAUCUACAACAUCUGCGAUGAUCAGGAAAUUGAGAAGAAGCUUGCAGAGCAGCAGGAGCUGCAGAGGGACAUUGAGCAGCACAGUGUGGGUGUGACGUCAGUCCUGAACCUGUGUGACAGCCUGCUGCUGGACACUGACACUGAGUCAGAAUGUGACUCCAUCCAACAGACCACACGCAGCCUGGAUCGCAGGUGGCGCAACAUCUGUGCCAUGUCAGUGGAACGCCGAAUGAAGAUCGAGGAAACCUGGAGACUUUGGCAGAAGUUUCUGGAAGACUAUUCUCGUUUUGAUGACUGGCUGAAAGGUGCUGAGCGGACUGCGGCCCAUCCCAACUCCUCACAGGUGCCAUACUCCCUCGCCAAAGAGGAGCUGAAGAAGUUUGAGACCUUCCAGAGACAGAUUCACGAGAGUCUGACCCAGUUGGAGCUGAUUAACAAGCAGUACAGGCGGUUAGCAAGAGAGAACCGCACAGACUCCUCCAGCCACCUCAAACAGAUGGUUCACGAGGGGAACCAACGCUGGGACAGCCUCCAGAAACGCAUCGCUGCCAUCUUACGCAGGCUCAAGCACUUCAUCAGUCAGAGGGAAGAGUUUGAAAGUUGUCGGGAAUGUAUCCUGGUGUGGCUGACUGAGAUGGACCUACAGCUGACCAAUGUGGAACAUUUCUCGGAGAGUGAUAUCGAUGACAAAGUACGGCAAUUGAACGCCUUUCAGCAGGAGAUCACCCUGAACACCACCAAAAUUGACCAGCUGAUUGUGUCUGGCGAGAGGCUGAUCUGGAAGAUUGAGCCGAUGGAUGCAGUCACCAUCGAGGAGGAGCUGGAGGAGCUGCACGCCUACUGCCAGGAGGUCUUCGGACGGGUCGCCCGCUUCCACCAAAGGCUCAUGUCCAAACGGCCGAUGAUUGAAGAGAAGGAGGAUCUGUCUGACAGGGAAGCCGACACUGAAGAUGGGGCUGAGCUACAGAACAUGAGCUGGCAGGACAAGGCUGAUGGUUCCGAGCUGUCCACUCAGGGGUCUUUGUGUCACCUGACCCUGCCCGAAGAAACACAGCAGCAUGAGCGGUCAGGGGGCGCGACCCCGGUCAGUGUGGACUCCAUCCCCUUAGAGUGGGACCACACGGUGGAUGUCGGGGGAUCAUCGUCACAUGAAGAUGAAGAUGAUGGCUUGUACUUCAGCAACUUAUCAGGUACCAGUCGGUUAGCACAUGGUACUGCUCGAUACUUGGAGCCAGCAGCCCUCUGCCAGUGUUUUGUGUUAGAACUUGGUGAUUUGGAAUCCGAAGUGAAGAACAUUGAAAAUAAACUUUUGAAGAUCAACACCAUCCUGUCCUCCAUUAAACUCUGUGACCUCCCCAUCGUGGAGCAUUUGGAGAACAGACAGGUAGCAGCAUUGUCCCUGCAUAUUAGUGUCUUUGACGUUCCUGACAUUUGA